AUGGGUGCGGAAGACCUCCUCGAGGAAGAUGCGCGGGCUGACUGGAUCGAGCGCGGCUUUGCGCUUAAGGACUUUAGCAUGAAGAAGAUGACCCAGAUAUGGGACGAAGAAGAGCGAGAAGAGAGAGCCCGCGAGAAGAAGAAGAAGAUCAUUGCGCACAAGCACGUGCCGAUCUCAGCCAACGUCCAGAAGGUCUUGAGCAAAGUCUCUGGCAGCGUCGCGCAGUCGUCGUCUGCGGUCUUCGAGUCGCUCGCGAGCUACGAGCCGACGAUCCUUCGCAAUCGACGCUGGCUCCGCGAGCACGUUGCGCUCAUUCACCAGAUGGACGAGGAGAGCAUGCGCUACAAGCGCCUCAAGCUCCAGAGCCAUACGCAGUACCGCAAGGCGGCCAAGGAGAUUGCUGAGAAGGAGGAAGACCGACAUGCACGCAUCGAGCACAAGGCGCCGCUGCUUCGGCGGCUCCGAGAGAUGAAGACCGCGGCCGACAAGAGGGAUCGAGCUUACGAGAACGAGCAGCUCGAAAUCAAGUGGAAAUACUGGCGAGACCUCCAGUCGCAAGAGAAGGAAGCGUACGAAAGCCAAGUUGAGACGCUAAACGCAGCGCAGGUCGCACACAAGCGGUCCAUGAACAUGCAGUAUUGGCGCGCCAAGCUGAUUCAGAGCCGAAAAAGCAGUGCCAUUGCUACGGAAGCGCUCGACGCCAAGAUGCGCGCCGAGGCCGCGGCCAACGUCAACCAUGUGCUCGAAGAAAUUGCCUUGGCCGACGGCGAGCCCGAUCGAUGGGAUAGCCUCGACAUGGAAAGGUCGGUCACGAUGAAUGGGCUCGGUGUGUUUGGCAUUCCCGUGGACCCUGGUGACUUCGAGUCACUUGAAGACGGCGGGUUCCAGCCCGAGCUUGACGAGCACACGAUCGCGUUUCCUACUGCGGGGCCAUUUGACAUGAGUCACGAAGAAGUCCGCAUUGCCCUCCAGGACGCUACUUCUAAGCUGCGCGCGGCCCAGGAAAAGCAGUGGGCGCUCGACCGCGACUACGACGUGACGCGUCAAGACCAUGCGACCAUGACCGAGAAAGAGACCGAGAUGCUCAAACUUUUGUCGCAGAUCAAGGCCGACCACGACGACCUGCUCGAAGUGCUCGCAGGCCCGCCACGCCGUGAGCCUGGCGAUCUUGAGCGCAGUCAAAUCCACGCAUGGAUGGAGCUCAAGCAGUCGUUAGAGUCGCGGCUUGAGGACGUGCGUGCGCGCAUGCGUCUCGCUACGACACAGUUGAGCCGCCUUCGGGACCAUCUGGAGGCAGUCCAGGCCGACAUUCGUGAGCAUGAAGCGCACUCGGACGCACUGCAAUCGACCGUUGAUGGCUUCGACGGAGUGGCCAACGACCUCCCGAUGGUCAUUGGUCGGUCCAUUGGGCAACUGCCGGAUACGGCGCCGAUGCUACCACAAGCGCUUCUUGCACGUAUUUCCCACCGAACGCGGUUCGAGCUAAUCAAGGCCGCGGCCGAGCCGGCGUUCCAAGUUUACGAAGAAGCCCGCGCCCUUGGCCUCGAGUCGUGGAAGAUCUCGAAGCAAAAAAUGCUGGAUGAAGGAGAGCUCGAGGCCGCGCUUCAUCGGCUCGCUACGAUCAAGGACAAACUCCUCUCGCAGCAAUCACUUAACCAGCGCGCGGAUGUUGUGAAUGCGGUCGAGAAGUUCCACGCCAAGCACCAGUCGCUUCACCGCGUGCAAAAGAUCUCUACGGGCGACCUCGAGUGGUGGAAGCAGCGCGACGAAGACAACUCGUUGGGCGUUUCGCUAUCGCCGCUUGGCGACACCAUCCUUCUUGACGCACCGCUGCGGCGGGGUAUCCUGCGCGGCGCCUGCCUUUUGCCGAGUCACAGCCUUUGGCAGCUGCACUUUAAGAUCCGAAUCCUGUCAACGGCAAGUCCCGCUUCCUUUACCCAUGAGGACAAGGUCAAGGUGAGCUUUGGCACAACAACGGCCGAGCAAACGCAGGCCGGUGUCUACAGUGUCGUGAACGACCACGGCGAGCUGCACGACUGCCACAACCUGGUGAUUGCGUUUGUGGGCACGCGACUCUGCUACAGUAUUGAGUAUUGGAAGGGACCAAGGUCUCCAGCUCAUGCGCUCGGCCUUGAGGCGGUUGGGCGCUUCACCGAAGACGUGACAGCCCAAGUCGACUUGUACUCGACCAAACACGUGCUCUCAGAGUACGUCAAGAUGCUGCGGAUCCAGAGCCACCAAGGCAACCACCGGAUCGCAGCGCUUCUCGAGGAGCUAAUUGCAGUCGAUGCGAGCCGCGAAGAGCUUUGGGACUCCAAAGUGCUUCAUGGCCACACCCAGCGCUUUCUUCGCACAAACUACGCAGCGCAGUUGCGUGCUAGCAUCCAAGCCGAGGUAUCCAAAUCGAUGGACAAGGACAUUCGCAAGCGACGAGAGGCCUACGAGCAAGCCGUGCAGUCUCAAAUCCGCCUCGAAGCAUCCAUGCUCGAGUACCGGCACAGAAAAAGCGAGUAUAUUGAGGCUGCGACUGCUGCGGCGCGCAAGCUACUCGGCUCGCCGCUUGAGAUUGUGUUGGACGAGUCCUGGUGUCGGGGCAUUAUCAUGAACAUGCGCGUCGAAUGGCGCGAAGGCGGCACAAAGCUGUCCUUUUUGCACCAAGUGCUCUUGGCGUCGGCAACGUCCUUGUGGCUCGAUCUAUCGACGGUCAAAUAUGUUCUCGUUGUGAACGAGAUGGAUGCUGUCGUUGCACAGUCGCGGGCACACGAGGUCGAAGAAGAGGUGCACUUGGCCCAGCAACGCCAAGUUGCUCUCCAAAUGGAGACGACCAAGUCGCUUUUGGAACUCGAGCGGGAGUAUUUGGUCAUCAUGAAUCAAGAGGACGCGGCAUUUGAAGACGCAAAAGGACGCGACCUCCUCCGCCGCGAGAAGGCGCUACAACAAGAGGCAACCCGUGUAUGCCACUACGACCCGCAAGUCAAAUCUCUUCUCGAGCUAGAGGCCCACCGCCUUUGUCGGCGCGUCGACGUCCACGAGUCGUUCGAUGCGACGUUGCGCCUCCUCCAGCUCAACUACGUCAAAGAGACGGUACAGUCCCGAAUGCAGUUCAUCCACAAAACGUGGAUUCGGAAAAACACGCGGCGACUCGAGAAACGCAAGCUCGAGCGACGCGCGCGCAAGAUCAAGUACGACCAGUCCAUGGCGGCCAAGCGCGAGAUCAUCGCCAACGAGGUGCCUGAGGUUGCAUUGUCAAAGACCGAAGUGUCGAGCAGCAACAAUGGUCAUUACCCUGUCAUUUUGCGCAUCCCCAACUUUGAGAAAGCCGUCGCGCCCGGCCCGGCCUGUACUCACGCGCACGUGAAAUCAUGGGGUAGUCUCUACGGCCAAGGAAUACGCUGCAAAGACUGUGGCCGAGAAGUUGCGCACUUGGAGAACGAAGGCAGCGACGGCGCCCGCGGACCCGACCCAGCGCUGGACCGAGAUGUCGAGCGGCAUCGUGAAAACGAAGCGAGCUUUCGGUUUACAUCGGCGGCACAGCUCGCGCGCGUCGAGGCCGAGCGCUUGCGACUCGAGAAGGAACGCCGAGAAAUGGAAGUGUUGGAGACGCGCGGGUAUGACACCGUGCACAGCAAAGCGAUAACGGAGCUCAACUUUCGGCAUGGGAUUGACCGCGAGAACGCCGCGCUCGUUGCGACACGCAACCGCGAGGACCGCCACGCUGCGUCAUACCGCGAUGAAAUCAGCUUUUACGCGCGAAUCAACCAGUUUCGGUAUCGUCUUGGAUUGAUUUUGAAGCUUCGGAGCGACUUGUACGAAGCGCGGUUGCUCGAGUUGGAAAUGAUCACGUCACUUCACAUGGACCGCGAAAGGACGGAUGGGACGAUCGCGAUUGUUCAAAUUGAGCAAGAGGCCGCGCGAGAGCUCUUACGGCGCCGACGGGAUGCCAUCGCACAGUACGCCGCGUCGACCGAAGACCUCAAAGCGUGUUUGAUUGAAAAGCAGCUCGCCAUCCAAGCACGCCAAGGCGUCGAAGAGGACGCUAAGUUUGCUAUGCUGCAUGCACUCGCACUCGACCGUACCAGUGCGACGAUGCGCCGACUUUUUCUGCAAGCCCAGGACGAGCGUGGGCGUGUCCGCGACGCGGUCCGUGAUGCGAAAGAAGCACGCGAUGCUGCUGUCAUAUUUCGGCGAACGCUCGCCGACCGUCUCCUUGCCCUCUUUUACCGCCAAAAAGGCACCAAGGUGCACACGAUCUAUGGGGUCGGCCACGUGCUCUACUACCGCGAUGCGGACGCCGUUGUGGCUGUCAAGCUCGAGGCGUGGAAAGCCACGGUCUUUCAGCCCCUUGAACUUUUUGUGCAUGCGGACAAGGCCAAGCAACAAGCCGAGGCUCUUCAUAUGGCGACAGCCGAGGCCGAGAUGCGUGCGUUUGUAGUCGCAGAGCGGGCGUGGAACGCGAUGGAGCUCGCCCUCAUGCGCGAGGAGGAAGCGCAGUGCCAAACGAUUGUGGCGUGGGCGAUGCUCAGUGUGGCACAGAACGCCCGCAUGGACGAAGCGCUCUCGCAGUGCGAGCUUCGUGUACAGUUCCAACUCCAAACAAAAGCCGCGAAGGUUGAAAUGGCUGCGGCCGCCUCGGCCGAGGCGACGAAAGCGCACACGAGCAAGAUCAAAAUUGUCAAAUCCGUUUGGCAGCCGAUACGCAAGCCGCCUCGCAAGCCCAUCUUUGCGCGCUCCAAGCCCGCGCUGGCUGGUGCAAAGCCGGUUGUUGCUAUUGCAAUGCCCGACGGCAACUUAGCCCCGCCGAGCAAGCCGAUCAAGCAGUCCAAGUUUGAUCAUGCGCGCCUCACGCGAGCCUGCCAGAAACGAAUAUACAUGGACAAGGUCGAGCAAGCGCUCUUGCGGUCGCGAGCAACCCUCGCGGCACAGUUUGACGCGGAGCGAGAACGCGACUUGCGAGCACAGGUGCAAACCGAGUACCUCUAUGGGUUUCUUGCCGAUCUGCUCGCGGAAAUCGCGGCUGAGACGAUCGCCGAAGGCGAAGCAAGCACGCGCGAGCUCGAGAUCACAUCCAACGUGGUCUUUUCCGUUCCGCAUCCGCACCUACAAGUGCAUAUAUAUCGCGCGCUCCUCCGACAAAUGCAGGGGCAUACGCUCCAACUGCAAGUUAUGCAGCGGUCGUGGGCGCGCCAGAUUCAGCGAUUGCGUUGCGUGCAGGCCGAAGUCGCACGUCGGAAAGCACUUUCGGCUGCCAUCGAGGCCGAGCGCAAGCGCAUCGAAUCCCUUUGCAAAGAGAUGGCCCGCGAAGAGGUCUUUUGUCGACGAUUUUACCGCGAAGAGAAGCGCUUGAUGCUGCUAGAGUCCCGCGCCAUGCAGCUCGCCGAGAACGAGAUGCGCGAGUACAUUCGCCAAGUCGAGCUGCAGAAAAUGCUUGCGCAGUUUGAUGCACUCGGUGCUGACGCCAACAAGAACAUGUCGAGCAAGGAGGCGCGGCGUCUCGAAAUCAAAAUGAACAAGCGCGAGAUCAAGCGGCUUGCGAUCGAGUGGGCCCUCAUCAAGAAAGAGGACGAGCUAGCUCUGGCGCUCCGGGAGGUAUUUUUGAAGGAGGAGCGCGACGCGCUCUAUGAGCAGCAGCAGCUCGAUUUUAUGCUCGAGCAAGCGGCGUUCCAGGACUCGGACAACGAUGACGACGAUGACGAUGCGCCCAACGUUGUAGUGGACGCACACACGCUUGUCGAGCACAGUACCGAGGUCGCGUCGGGCGCGCCCCAAACACGCGACGAGCUCAAGCAGGCCAAACGCCGGGAGAAGCGCCGCGAGGUGCAGCGUCUCGCGGCCAUGAAGAAAGCCGAGUUUGCCCAUCAGCUUAACGAAGAGUACAUGAUUGCAGCCGCCGAAACCUUCCACAGCGUUGCGACUGCCGAGCUCCGCGUCAUGGAGACAACGCAGACGCUGCAUGCCUUGCAACGCCGGUCCAUGGACCUUGUUCAAGUCGGCGCCAUGGAGGCGGACAUGCGUCGGUGCCUCCAGCUAGCACAGCAAGUCAUGGCGGGUGCGCUGCAGAAGAAGGCGUUUGCAGAAACGUGCAUUGCGCGCUGCGUUGCCGCCGAGGCGGCGCUUGAGCGCGCGAUCGUCAAGGAGAAAGCUGACAACAUUUUUAUGAUCAAAACCGUGCGCGAGACGGCCUUUAUGGACUCGGCCGUUCUCCACAAGCGCGUUCAGCGCUUCCGCACCGAGUACCUCGCCGGCCAGCUCUACACGCGGUAUUUUGAGCUGCUCGUGGAUCUUGUCCUCUACCGCACGAUGGCUGUCUCGGCCGAGCGCAAUCUCUUUCGCCUCACAGACGAGAUUGAGCGCCUCGACACGGAAAGCGCGACAAAAUCGGCGCAGGUCGCCGCGCUGUGGCGCAAACACAACCGCAGCGCCCGGCUCCGCCUCUUGCGGUCGGAGCUCGGUCGGCGCUUCUUCCGCAAGGAGCGCCAGCGCGCACUGCAGCGCGCGUUCCAAGGCUGGGUCAAGGUGUGGACGCAUGCGCUUGUUGUGCGCAACUCCUAUGAUCUACGCUACGCGCUUCUUCGCCAAGAAGGGCAACUCCGGAAGCUCGAAGUCACCGAAGCCACCGAGGUGCCAGCGCCAGACACAAAAGUGUUGCCGCGUGAGACCACGACGACGCUACGCAAGUUCCAGCACCGCUGGAUCACGUGCCGGCUCUGUAAAACACGGUAUUCGGACGCGCAGAACAAUCGGUUUGCGUGCGUAUACCACCCGGGCACGUACGAGGUCGCUUGCGUCAAGUCGUGCGGCACGCGCAAGGGCGGUCCGAUCCAGAGCAACUGCAUGCUACAUCGUGCCAAGCGCUGGCUCUGCUGCGACCAAACGAUCGAGGGCGCCUUUGGCAGCACCGGGUGCAAGCGCCGGUUCCACCUGCCGACGCGCGACGACCCGACGAUCGCAGCGACUGUCGCGGACGCCGAAGUCGUCGAGAAGAGAAAUCUCGAGGCCGUGACAUCGGAGCUCGUUGCGCUCCAACAAGCCAAUGUCUCGGGCAAAGUGUACUCGGCUUUUCGGGAUCAGCUCGGCACAAUUGAAGCCAGCUUGGUCGCUGCCCGCGCCAAGGUCGUCGAGUUCGAUGCGUUUCAUAAGCGCUAACACACGCUCGCGGGUUUUUACGCUCUGAGA